AUGGUCGACGAUAAAAGCUCAAGCGAGAGUUUCACAUACGAUGUAGUCAUCGUUGGGGCCGGCGUUUCCGGGAUCAACACCGCCUACCGUCUUCAAACGCAAGCGCCUCCUGGAACAACAUAUGCCGUGCUCGAAGCUCGUGGCGAAACUGGCGGUACAUGGGACUUGUUUCGCUAUCCGGGCAUUCGUUCAGAUACCGAUAUAUUCACCUACAGCUUCUCUUGGAAUCCCUGGCCGAAAACAGACACGUUUGCGUCAGGGGAGGAGAUACACCACUACAUACGCCAAUCUGCAGAACAGGCCGGAAUUUACCAACAUAUUCGCUUUCGGCACGCGGUGAAGACGGCAAAUUGGAACUCCAAAGAGGCUGUUUGGGAUCUGUUCACCUCCAGCGGCGGGACCGGGAGCCCUGAAAUCUACCGCGCUCGCAGCAUAUUUUGGUGCACGGGCUAUUACGACUACGAGGAACCCUUGCAAUCGCAAAUUCCUGGAAUUGGCAACUUCCAAGGCAAAGUCAUCCACCCGCAAUUUUGGCCGAAAGACUAUGACUACACUGGGAAAGACAUUGUUAUUAUUGGUAGUGGCGCGACCGCUGUGAGCAUCGUGCCUGCAGUAGCCCAGAAGGCGAAGCAUGUCACGAUGCUACAAAGAAGUCCAACCUACAUCAUACCGCAACCAAAGUCGAACCCUUUCACCACCACAGCCUUUGCGAUUCUCCCGAUGUGGAUAGCUCAUUGGCUGGUCCAGGUGUUCUGGAUCACUCAGUAUCAAGUCUUGAUGCUGAUGUGUCAGAACUUUCCAGGUUUGGUCAGAAAGGUCAUUCGGUAUACCAAUAUGAGACAUCUACCUCACGAUUACGCCGUGGAUCUACAUUUCAAGCCAUACUAUCGUCCGUGGGACCAGCGAGUCUGUGCGGCGGUCGACGGAGACCUGUUUGCUGCGAUCCGCGCCGGCAGCGCCAGUGUGGUGACUGAUACCAUUCAAGCGAUCAACGGAAAUGAGAUGAAAUUAUCGUCGGGACAGGUCCUCCAUCCUGACAUUAUUGUUACCGCGACGGGCCUGAAGCUGAGAAUUGGCGGAGGCGCAAAGCUGACAAUUGACAACAAAACGUUUGAUCUGACAACAAAAUUCAUGUGGAAGAAUGUCAUGCUACAAGAUCUACCAAAUACAUUCUUUGCUGUGGGCUCACCCGAUAUAUCUUGGACGCUUUUGGCAGAUUGUGCCGCAGUGCUGGCUGUCAGGCUGAUGUGGGAGCUGAAGAGGAAGGAUGCGACGGUUGUGCAGCCGUAUCUCGAAUACCCCGAGAACAUGACUGUCAGACCAAUGCUGGGUCUUCAAUCCAAUUAUGUGAAAAAAGCCGAAGGCACGGUUCCGAAAGCUGGUACCGGGGUCUGGAGUCCACGACCUAGCUACCUGGUGGAUAGAUACAUUGCUAAAUGGGGAGAUAUCGAGACCGGCCUAAAAUAUGAGUAG